AACAAGAAAGAUUCAGUUCCCACCAAGAUUGCAAUGCCCGUUAAACAACUAAGGAGCAUUAACACCUUAAUAAAGACCAUUUGCUUUUUGAACACGUGCUCCUCCCAUUUGCUGUGUGCAAAUGCAGCCAGGCAGCCAGCGGCAGACGGAGCUGGAGAAGAUCGAGCGCAGAGUCAGGACUUGAAGGAAGCAGUGGUGGGCCGUAAUAAUUUGGGAGCGUUAGUGCUGGAUAUGUUGUCAGCCGGAGUUGGGUCUCAAAGCACCUUGGAUCAUCCCAUGGUUGGUUCCAGGCCUGCCGAUCACCAGAAGCCUAAGUCAAUGGAAAUAGACAACGUCCUGACCUCCUUGACAGAGUUAAACCUCAACGUGGGUUUGGGCACACAGAAAACUAUAUUACCUUCCAGGUCAAAAGCAGCCGAACAUUCUGAGCAGCCCUACUUUAAAGACUUAAACUUGCAUGAAAGCGAGAUGAAGAAAAAGUUGAAGAAGUAUUCAGCCUACUUGGAGUUACGCGACAAAGAGAGACUGUCAAAGAUUAAUUCUCUGCAGAAGCUAAGCCAGAUGGAUAAAAAGGCCUUCUACUGCAGAUUAAAAGUAUAUGAUAAGUAUUAUGAAAGAUAUAAAACUGAACUUGGACUUGACACAUGCUGCAAUGCAUUUCCGUCCAAACCCCAUGGCUCUCAUUCUCUGUGUAACUCAGACCGUUCCACAGCUCAAGAUUCACAGUCAUGCUCGCUUGCUUUGGCACACUGGGCUAAUUCCUCCACAUGUGGGAUUGAAUUGGCCUCUGGUGACACUGCCAGCAAGGGGCUUGGACAAAGUGAUGCCAAAAGGAUAGAAGAGGAAUCAGUGGGAGGUUCUCAGCCCACCAUGACAGCAGUGAACAAUAUUCGCUGUGAUGAGAGCGGUGUCAGCAAUGGCCUUUUGCACAGUACACAGGAUGUAGCCGUGGAGGAGAUUGAGAUGUCCUUCAAAAUGAUUCCCGUGACUAGCUACGUGGCUGGAACACGACGGAGGUCCGCUGACGAUGACAGGAUGAGUGUGACUCAAGAUAUGUCGACUGUUACUAGCUGUCAGAUGCGGGCACCAUCGCUGUCUGUCGGGGGAGAUGAACAGUCGGUACCUUCUCAGUGCAACUUCUUCAGUGCCGUUCAUCUCUCAAGCGACCAGAGAGCGAUGCACGCAGAGAGUUCCGAUGACCACGGAACACGCGCCCUUUCCGAAGGAAGUACAGAUGUUGGGCUGACUGAAAAAAUCAAAAUAGCGGGACUAGUGCUAAGCUCUUUGGAAAAUAGAGGGGCCAGCGGCAUUGAAGAGGGGUCGCCACCUGACACUGCUUUGGAAGAAGAGCAGGUAUUCAUUACUUCAGCGAAGUGCGUACAAGAAGUUUACCACAAAUCACCAAACACAGACCCUUUGCUCCAAUUCCUGGGAGCAAGGAUUGAAUGGGAGAAUCUCUUUGAAACAACAGGAGAGACUGAAUUGCAAAAAAAUCUGGACUCAGGAGCAGCUACAAAACCUGAUAAAUGUGGCCAUCUAAUUCCCCCACCAAUUGUAAUUGAAGCUGGUCAGUUAGCUCUUCAUUGUCUUGAGGAUGCAGAUGGUGAAGAUCAUCGAAUCCACAAGGUUUCAGUGUCAAAGAGUGAAAGCCUGCUAAUCUCAGGCAGCCAAAAAGUGAUUCCCAGCCUGCAAAUAACCUUAAACUGUGACCCUAUUGCAAAGUUUGAUCCAUACCCUAAACGAACAGAGCCAUCCGAUCGAAUUGCUAACCGGCCUGGCUUCUCCAGCGAAUCCCAUGUACCGAUCAGAACCAUCGAUGAAGGAGAUGGGGAGAGCUGCUUGAAAACGGCUGAGAAAGCCUGGGAGACAGCUUUCCACCAAGAAGCCAGUGAGCCAAUAUCUGAAAGUUCGGGAUUAUGUACAGCAUUGCAGACAGAGAUCGAUGAGUUAAAUACAGAAGGUAAACUACGUGACCCGAUGUCUAAUAAUGAUUUGCGCCGAGCACUGACCAGAACGCCGUCAAGUUGGCCCUAUCCACCGACCAACAAAAGCUGCAGGAAGACAGAUUUUAUCCAUGCCUUGCUCACAAAUCAACAGCGUCCUGUGAGCAGAUGUGGAGGUUGUUCUCCGAAUCAAAAUAGUCACGAGAGCAAAGUGGCAACAGAAUGUGUUGGGAUGCAGGCAUUGAUCCAGUCUGACGUGGCGGAGGUGGAGAGUGCAAGUGAACUACAGGAUGCUACAGGCAGUCACAGAUGUAAUCACGCUAAAUCAAAAGGGGAUAGACGCCAACCAUCAUCCGACAACCUUUGUGAAGAAUCGAUGAUGAGGAAAAAGAUCCGAAAGAUAUCUGCAUCAAAGCCACAUGGCAAGGAUAUGAAAAACCUGAGCCGCCAUUAUAAACUAAAUCACUUGAAAAGAGACUCUAAACUGACCUCAGACUGUGACGUUGCGUUGAACUUUGAGCACAUGAAUGGGGAACUUUGUAUGAGCAGAAAGGACACACACAAAGGUACCAGAAUGUCUGUUCAAGAGGGAAAUGCUCUUCUCACGGACAGAGAACACAAAAUCGUUGAACAAGCCAAUUGUUGUCAGUUUACUGAUAAGACCAAAGUCUUAUCAUGUUGUGAUAGAAACGUUAAAAUGUUAAAAGACCAAAAAGAGCUAGAGUCCAAACCCCAGGCUGCAACACAAGCCAAAUGGUGUUCCAAGACUGGCCCACAAAUGCAAGUAUCUUCCACAGAUGCCAACAAAGUGAAUCACAGAGGGGAUGACAAUUCCACUCAUACCCUUGAUUCUGUGUGUGAAGAGCACAUCAAUGCCUUCAACACGUGCCAAAGGCAGAUUGCUCAGGCGGUCACUGCUCUAUCGAAUGAAGCCUGCUUAAGCAAAAACAGCCAACUAUCAAAGAUGCUUACCCAUGCAGUGAAGAACCUAAACAAAGCUUUUGAUAGAGUAGAUAAGUCUUCAGAAAUUGUGAGAAGCAUUAGUGUGGCUAUGAGCCAUAGCUUACUUCCAAAAUCCAAUCAAACUAACUGCAAUACUUUCUGGGAAAGUUAUGACUCAUACUGCCAACUACUUUGUACAAAGUGCCGGGACCAAUCCAUUCUGAAAAAUGACUCAAAGAGCAGUGGGAUCACCAGCAAAGAGCAUGGGAAGAGUUCAGUUGCUGAGACGAUGCAGUCUUGCAAACAAAGGGCAUGUGUAAAGUGCACAAGACAGGAUGGCAAAAGUGAACGGGCCGCAUGUGCAACGAGCAACAUGAUGUCAAUACCAAGCAGCGUGGUGAAUCCAGGAGUGGCUUCAAACCCGAUGUACGAUAAAGCUCAUCCUCACGCUGGGUUUGCACUGGAGGAUCACAUGGGAAUCAUGAAGCCAUGGUCAAGUCAAAACCCGCUUCAAAAGUCCAGGAAAGCACAUGUCCCCGAUAGUGUACCUGUCCAGACUCUCCGAGCUGGAGUUGGGUCCAUCUCGAUCAAACCUCAAUUUGAUUGCCACGUGGCGAAUUUUGAAGUAAUGGACAUCGCAGUGCAUCCCAAGCCGUCAGAAUCCUCAACUAACUCCACGCUUGGGAAAUCCCAAAUGGGAUUUAGUGUUGACUCCCGAGAGGGAAAGAGGUGCGUUGGGGAGAGCGCAAACUUGGAAACAGGAUUUGAAUCUCCAGUUGCUUCUCCAGCGGUAGAAGGUUGCUUUGACUCCCAAAUGGAAAAAGCCCAAGAAGUAAAUACAUCUGCUGCUUCCCGAUCGGCGGAAUGUUUGGGUGCAGGACAUCCAACGGAGCCGUCCUCUGAACAAAAAGAAAAGCAACACAUGAUACAUUCUCCGAAUAAAUCUGAAGCAGGAACACCAUCAGACAAGGAACAGAAAAGCUACUGUGGUGCAGACCUGACACCUCCCUAUCAACGUCAAAAGUUAAAUAUUCCCCUUUCUUCUAAGAUGCCCGAAUCCUCUGCCACGUUUAGUGCAUCACUACACCAACUUCAUCCCCAACCAGUACCCUUUCAACCCACUUCCUUGGAGAAAACAUUACUCAUUGACGAUCUACCGCAAUGUUACAAAGGUGAAUGCCCUGUUAUAUCUGUCACCAUCGGAUCAAUAGUAGCAGAACAGACUACAAACUCGCAGCAGAAUGUGGAGAGGGACGAAAAGGAAAUUGUUUCAGAAAAUGUAAAAGAAUUGGUAGAAAUCAGAGUGUCCACUGGCAGUGACAGGGCAGGCAGGGUAGAAGAUCAGAGCCUAUCAGAUGGAAACAGGCCGCUGGAAAGCACAAAGGGAGCCCGAAGAUCUGAAGUUCUUCUAUCCAAGAUAUCGGAGAUUCUUCAACAAGCCGACAGCACUUCGUUACUGGAAAGCUUGGAAAGGUUGAAAGAGAAGUGUGAGAGGAUGCAGCCGGCAUUCGUCUCAGUGUUUGAGCAGUCACAGGGCGCGUCCUUCACGGAGUCCAUUAUUUGCAGAGACUGGUCGUUGCGUAAUGGCCUGAUGGCCACUGUCGGCGCAGUGCUCCUCAGGCCCGGCGCGCUGGAAGCCUACGUGGAGCUGCAGAUGAUGAUGGAAACGGCGCAGUUCCUGCAGAACAAGAUCAGCUUCCUGACAGGUGGCCCGACGUUGCGCAGCCUGCUGUGGUACGACGAGACAUUAUAUGGUGACUUGCUGACCAAGAAGAUGGGCUGCCAGCAGCAGUCUAGCCUGUACCCUUCUUUCCAAGAGAGGGUGCGGGGCAACUGUUCGGAAGCACUGAGCGACUACCAGAAACAGAUACUGACGUGCUGCCAGGCAGAAACAAGGGGGCAAAAUGCCUACUAUGUCUCCCUGAAGCACAAACGGGAACUGGAUGAAUGUUCGUCGAUAAUGCAGAACCUCUCCGACUGUUCCCGCUUCUGCCUCUCCAUCCCGGUGACGGCCAGUGUUAACUACGGGGACCGCCUGGAGGAUUUGGAAGCGCUGCACAAAAACACCUGGGCAUUAAUAAGCAGACUGGCCGAUCUGCCCGAAGGCCAGCGCGACGUUGCCAAGCUGCUGCAUCUGUGGCUCGUCGUUGACUUUGUCAACGGGAAAACCCGAGUCAUCCAUGGCAGCUCGUUGCCAGGCAAAGAGCUCGGCUGGUUUGGCCUCGAGCAUCUUCGGUUCGAUGCAGCCAACGUGCUGGUUUGGCAGAAGAGGGGAAACGGCAAGGCACCAGAUGGUGAUCGGGCCAGAGUGAGUGAGGGCUGGAGCCACACAAGCCGGGCACGGGAGCAAAUCUCACAGUUAAACAAGGAGGCACUCUGCUUGUUGUACAAUGGGUGCAGCAACUCCAGGAGGACCGCUACGAACAGCAAAAAGCAAGUGGGCACCACCCAUGGCAGGUUCCCUAGGGCAGGGCCAGACCAGUCAGUAGAAGAUACCUUCCCAGAGCACCAGGAACUCGGGCUGGGUAGUUGCCUGACGAAUGACUUCCAACAUCUUUCGGAGCAGUUUGAUUCCGUGGGAAGAAUCCUAGAACGUUCCCGGGGGGCUCCACGGGCAGAACUGUGCCAGUUUCUUGUCAAGUGCGAGAGCCAAGUGGAGUCUUUGAAAAAACAUUUCCACGUGCUCCAAAACGUCCAAGUCGAGAAGAUCCUACUGAGCGAGGCCAGCUUUUCUGUCCCAUCUGCUGCCCACGACACCCGCCCUAUUCUCCUGAAGUCCGAAGCCACUGAAGUCUACAUCGAGCUGAUCAUGAUGUUGGAGACAGCUCACUACCUGAGAAACCUGAUAGCCCAGCAUGUGAACCAGCCGACGUACCGUGCGAUGCUCUGGUUUGACUUGUCCUUGCUUUCUGAGUUUCUUGACAAUCAGCAGUACAAGUCGAUCUUCUCACUGUGCCGUAGGGAAUGCCCGCGGCACUCUACCGAUUAUCUGGAACGGGCAAUCUCCGCCCUGGAGCAAGAAUUGAUUUUGAUUUCCAAGUACAGGGAAAGCUGCAACUACACCUAUGCGUUCCACGUUUUGACAAGGGAGCUGUCCGAAGUAAAGGCCGUCAGGGACUACGUGCGCCAACGUACUCUUGGUGUUGGUGUGUUUCUGAAUACUGUGCCUUAUGCAGCGACCAUAAACUACGGCAACACCGAGUCGGACCUGAGCCACAACUCCGAGCAGUUGGCCUUGCUUUUGGAGAAGCUGGCCAAGGCGCCCGUGAAAGACCUGGGGAAGAUGAUGCACAUCAUGGAAGCCAUGAAGAGCAUCGACGACAUGAGGCAGGCGAUCACGGAAAGCCCGUCGUCCGCCCUACACAUUCUCACCUACCAGAUGCGGCUCAACAGCCAGAAGAGGAAGCUCCUGCAGGACUCCGAUUCGCAUAAACUGAGGAGCAGUCUGGACCACGCAAGGGAAGUCCUGUGGGACAGACUGGUCGCUACAGGGGACCAGUGUCAUCGUGGGCCCCUGACCGGCAAACGGAAAAGGCAACUUAAUGACUCUGUGCUGGUUCCAAAUUGAGAAGAACCUGGGGCUGUCGGUCCAAUAAGACAACCGUGAUUAUAACCGAUAUAAAGAGCGCAGAAUAUGGGAAAUCCCUUAUAUUCCGAAUGCACUUCCUGACCUCUGAUUAAAGUGGAAUGACAAGUAUUGCUGUGAAACUAUAUAGAAGGUUGCCUUUCCUAAACUAAAGAAAGAAACAACAAACAACAUAAUGGACAUAUAAUGGACUAGUGGAUUUAUAUUUGAACCAGGAUUUGUGUUCAACAUAUUCUUUAUUGUAAGUAGUUUGGUAUUUAAAAUUGUUGUACAAGAGUUAACAUCAACAGAAUAAAGGCAGUGUAAGCUGAUAAUAGAUGGAAAGCUUUCUGAUACAUUAGAAUGAUCAGAAAAUAAAUGGCAUAAGGUCCAAAUAAAUGAUCAAAUGAAUCAUGACCAACAUCAUAAAAAAAUGUUAGAAAAGGUCCAGCAAAUGUAAGUUUGGAAUUUUCCAUCGGUCUUACUAGGAGUUAUUUGCAAUGUAUGAAUAUACAUUAAGUUUAUCUUAUCAAACUAUUUGGUUGCUUGUUAAAGAAUAGUGAUAGAUUUUGGAAGUGGUAAUGAUGAAGGCAUCUGGAAAUAAUUUCAACUUUGAGAGUAUUUAGUCUGAAAAUUUAACUUAUUUUGCUCAAACACGGUUUGAUGUUACUUUAAUGCACCACUUUUAAUACAUGUGUUGCGGUUUACUUGUGUCAGGAUUUAAGAUUGGGAAAAAAUGCAGAAUUUAAUCACAACAAAAUUUGUUGUGAUUAUUUUUGUGAGAAUUUCAAAAAAACAUGGUUGAACUACUUUCUAAAUGUUUUAGGAGAUGGGUUGUACCAGACAGCUCUUUCCACAAUUUAUAAAGAGAGACAAAACAAAUUCUAACCUGAUAAUUUAGAAAAAGAUUUGCAGAAGUGCCUUGGAGCAUCUAGAUAUUUAAAAAUCUGUAGUUCUUGUUUGAAUAUGCUUUAAAUUGUUACAGCCAAAAAAUAAACACUGUGUCAAAUAAAAUACUGUGUGUAUGUAUACUCGUUAUGUGGAUAUUUAAAUUCCUGAUAUAAUUUUCUUGGCUGAUUGCUUUUUCAAGAGUUUACUUUUUCAUUUCUGUUUGCAAGAUGUGUGAAGAUUUUACAUUGAUCUACUGCUAUUUUUCAAUCUGUUGUCACUGUGUGAUUCCAGCCCUGCAUACUGUAUGAUGAAUGACACCUUUGUAAGGUCGAUGUUACUUUUAUGCUUCUCUAAGGUCACUUAAUGGAAAUACACAUUUGAUAAGUCUCUGUGUUAGUUGUUUUAUUAAAGAAUUCCCUUUCGAAAAGCAAAUUAAAAAAUAACAUGACUGACUGCAAAAGUAUCCGAAACUUUCAAAUCAUUCAUUCUAGACUGAUUCUGCAGAAAUUAAUUUACACAAACUUGUUACAGAAAUUGCUAUCAGUCCACUUCAGUGUACUUAAAAUAUUUAUUUUACGCCUCUUUUCAAUACUCUGGCUCGUAACUAUGGAAACAAUUAAAGAUUUGUAUAUGCACCCUGCCCUUCAAAAUAUCCAGAUAUUCCAAAGAGCUGCACAAGUAAAGAAGUAAUUUUCAAAUGUUGAUACAUGGAGCUGGAGAUGCUGGUUUGCAAAAAAAGACGCAAAGUGCUGGAGUACAUGGAUAAGUGAUGUAGAAACAAGGAACUGCAGAUGUCAGUUAACACAAAAGGACACAACAUACUGGAGCAACUCAAUGGGUCAGGCAGCAAUUGUGGAGAACCCGUAUAGGUGUUGUAGAAACAAGGAACUGCAGUUGCGAGUAACACAAAAGGAAUUUGAGUUUAGUUUAUUGUCACGUGUACACGCAAGUGAAAAGCAUUGUUGCAUGCUAAUCAGUCAGUGGAAAGACAAUAAAUGAUUACAAUCGAGCCGUCCACAGUGUGCAGAUACAUGAUAAAUGCAAUAACGUAAUGACGUUUAGUGCAAGAUAAAGUUCAGUGAGGUCCGAUCAAAGAUAGUCUAAAGUCUCCAAUGAGGUAAAUAGUAGCUCUUGACUGCUGUCUAGUUGUUGGUAGGAUGGUUCAGUUGCCUGAUAAUAGCUGGGGAAAAAACUGUCCCGGAAUCAGGAGAUGUGCAUUUUCAUGCUUCUAUACCUUUUGCCCGAUGGGAGAGGGUAGAAGAGGGAGUGGCCAAUGUGUGACUUGUCCUUGAUUAUGCUCAUGGCCUUGCCAAGGCAGCGUGAAGUGUCAAUGGAAGGGAGGUUGCUGGAGUAACUCAGCGGAUCAGGCAGGAUCGCUGGGGGAACAUGGAUAGGUCAUGGUUCAGAUCAGGACUCAUAUUCGGAAAAGAGUCCCAACCCGAAACGUCACCUAUCCAUGUUCUCCAAAGAUGCUGCCUGACCUGCGGAGUUACUCCAGCACUUUGUGUCCUUUAAUGGAUAGGUGAUGUUUCGGGUAGGGACCCUUCUUCGGAA